UAAGAUCCGCAUCGCAUCAGUUCUAUACCGUACUGUACUGAUGGUAGCAGUUUCAAACUGUGACUUGGUUCAUAUGGUUGAUAAACAUGGAAAAUUCCACUCAGUGAUGUGCCAGUGAACACAAGAAAGAGAAAACUAACAACUGUUGAUCAUUCCGGCUUCGAUGCUAAAAUUUUUCAUGAAUAAAUAUACAACGGGGAAGUAAAACAGUUUGUGUUAUGUUUAUUGAGACUAGAAAAUAAACCGGAAGUUUAGAAAAAGAAUCGAGAAGUAAAUACAUACAAGCACUUGUGCUUGGUAACAUUCGAUUCUCAAGAUAACUAAGUUAUUUCAUGAAUAUAGGUAUUAUGUGGUAUUAGACAAAACUUAAGUUGGUUUAAUUGUUAGUACUGAAAUAAGAUAGAAAUUGUAUUAACCGAAGAAUAUUUUUGCGUUCUUGUUUAAUGUUUAAUUGAUAAGCGGGAAAAGGAAGUGUCUAUUUAAUGUUCAGGUAGAGGGGAUUGCUCUGAUGUGAACACUCUCUUGAGUAAUUAAUGGAAAUGCAGGCAGAUGAUUAAAAUACCAACAAGGAUACACCCAUGCCUAUUUUUACACAAGAUAUCUGAAAGCUUAAAAGUUUAAUUUUGAACAUUCAUGAUUAAGUGUCUUUCUAACAUUUUUAAUAAGAUUUAUCAAAUGAAUUGAAAGAUCUAGGAUUAUUAGAUUACAACUCAUCCCAACAUAUAAUGCCACCCUCUCAACUUCUUCGAUACGACGAAAUUUCGUUCAAAUCGUGACAAUAUUUACCUGCCUCCUUGAAGUUGAGUAUAAUUAAAUUUUUUUAGGAGUACCAUUAAGUUUAGAUACAACCAAUGUAAUUGGUAUUUUUACAUGAAGCGUACAGUUAUUUUCAAUCAAAUCCCAUGGCGGUAUUGUUGAAAAAAAAAACGAUAAUAUUUUUACUGUUUAAUUUUUUACUACACAUUUAGAAAAAUUUGCAGAAUUCGGUAAAUUUUCAGCAUCUGACCAAUGUUUAAUCAGUUCGGCAAUUGAAUCAAUUAUUUAGCUUUCGGUAAUGUAGAUUUUGUUGAGCUGUGCUUUUGGAAUGACAGCUUUGUUCCAAAUGAGCAGGCGACCUGUCAAAACUAUGUAAAGCUUACAAAGCUGCAUUACGGAUUAAAUGGUUUUGUCUUUCUCAUAUGGAGAGACUAUGCAAUCACUGUGAAAAUCAACUUUUGAACGAAGGGCCGUGUGUCAUAUACCAUUCGACUCAUUUCGUCGAGAUCACAAAACAUCUGUGUGUGACAAAUAAUGUCACUCAAUUUUGUCAGAGAUGGCUGACCAGAUUUUCACAAACUUAAAUUCAAAUGACCGGUCUUGCGGUUCCAUAUCUGACGUCCAGUUCCGCAAGAUUCCAUAAGAAUAUUCAAAUUUUCAUUCAGAUCCAACCCCUGGUUCGGAGGUAGGGUGCUUAGUGUAAAAAUAUUCUUUUAAUUCGGUAGUAAAUUUUCUCUACGUUGCAGACCAUAGUCAUAGUAAAUCAUAACAAAUUUUGUAUGUCAUAUUAGUUUAUGGUUGGAUGAACCAAUUGUCACCAUGCCGAUAUACAGAUUUCAGUUCCAGAAGUACCAACAAAAGUAAUCAAAUGUGAUAAAAUGGAUCUGACUUCACUUUCUCACAUAUGAAUGAAAAGAUUUCCACUAACUAUAAUUGAAAUGUAAUAUAUCAAAGUAGUAGUGUUAUGCAACAGUAAUCUUCAGUAUUUUUAUGAGUUUUUGCUGUAAUCACAGAUAUCAGAUAUACAGACUCGAACAAUUUUUUUCUAAAUCCUGUGUGAAUUUAAAAUUUGCUAUACGUUGGAAACACUACUGCCACUUACUCGACUGUUACCUUUCAAAACGUUUUAUUACGUUCCGGAAUGAUAACAAAUUUCUCCUGUCUGUUAUAGAAAUAUUCCAACUUUUAACACUUAUCACACGAUUUCCCUAAGUGACAACUUUAUUUCCAUGACGCAUAAAUCACACGAGAAUUCGAUCGGAAUAAAACAAAAAUAAACUAGUCAUUUUAACCAACAUCAGAACAAAAUUCUAGCGUGAAGUGAAUGUUGCACCCAAAUUUGUGGCUCACGUGAAAGCGCCACCUAAAUCGUGGUGGCACCUCGUGUCGAUUGUCACCACGCUGAUUGAGCACAUUUUAUACACAGUUCAUAUGUGAGCCUGUAUAAUUGUUAUCUGUGCUGUAAUAUAUAGGUGAAAAUUAACCAUAUGAGAAAGGUAUAAUUACACCACUAGAUGGAUUGAAACAGGUUUUUAAAUUGUCGUCAACAUUACGUUUGAGAUGUCGUUACUUCGAAAUUGGAAUAUUUUUAAAGCAUCUUAAGACCUUUCAGUUGAAUCUAAGACGAUAAACAAAAAUUGAGCCAUCUCCGAGAAUUUUGAUGUGGAACACAUCUUUAUUUUCUAUAUAAGGGUGGAAAUCAGAAACUCAAGGAAAAAUACACGUAGAAAUGUGGUCAGGGUUUAAACACUUACAGCUCAGUAUAUUUUGUUUCAAUUAUUAAUAUUAUUUCAUUAUUUGAUUAGAAAUAUUUCUGAGAUUCGAUUUGAAUGUAUCAAGCCACGUAUUUUUAAUUAUAAAUGAUCGAAAUUUUGAUUAGUAGCGAGCAGUGUACUAUUUUGUCUGCUAAAAAUCUCCGGCAUAUCGAAUUUCCCUGCCAUAGACGACGGUUUUGAAGGAGUAAGCUAUUUAUCAAAUGGAAAGCAUCGCUCUGAUUGGUCAAUCGAUGCAAAAGCAAAGCUGUUGAAAGCACGCGAAUGUAUAAAUUGAAGCAAAAUUAUAGCUAACUUUUCAGUCCUACGCGUAUCAUGCUAGAGGUAGGUUGUUGCUAGACAGCAAGACAAAAAGUGCCAUAAAACGAUUUGAAGCUUUAAUUGGUAUGCUCUGAUUCUGUCUCAUGAAAGCUCGGAAGAAAUUCCAUGUUAUGUCGUUUCGCCUGUGAAAUUGACAACUACCCCAGGGUAAAUUUUGAGUGCUUAAGAUUAAUUCCUAAUUUAUAUAAGAUGAACUCGAUUGAUAAUGAGAAAAAGUUUAUCACUUCCACCGAAAUCGCAGAAUGGUACAGAAACUUAACGCUCUAAAAAUAACUGCUUGCAUACAAAACUUGAACACAAGUUUAGUGAAGAUAAGCUUUAAUAUCAAAAUAGUAUCGCAAGUAUGUACAAAGAUAUAAUUGCAUACAUUUGGGAUAUUGGUUUAAUUUCGUCGGCUAUAAAACAAACAAUGUUCGGUGUUGGUUCCUAAUCAAGAUCAAUCUAGGCAGACUCUCGUGCAAUUGCGGAUUCAAAAGUGUGACGAUUAAUUGAACUGUUUAAUUGUAGAUCAUUAGAAAUUUUGGUUGCCUUGUUCCACAUCAAUGGCUCGAACAACCCCAUGGGGCCGAUAUUUGUAGUUUUUUGGUUAAUAUCACAUAUGUCGCUGCGGAACCGGUCGUCAGAUCCAAAUAAAACUCAAGAACUUUAUAUGGGGCUGCAAGACCUUGCACUUGAAUCUAAGUUUGUGAAAAUCGGUUCAGCCAUCUCUGAGAAAAUUGAAUGAUAUUAUUUGUUACAUACACACAUACACACAUAGACAUUUUGUGUUCUCGGAAAACUUAGUCGAAUGUUCCUCCGGGCAUUCGUUCAAAGUUGGGUUUUCAGUAGGAUCCAGAUAAAAUUUGAUUGUGGUCGAUGAGUAUAUCAGUUUUAUCAUUAGAAUCUAAGUUAGUGAAAAUCCAUAAAGUCGUCCUUCAAAAAUCGUUGUAAGUUGAGUUUCUAUAUCGUUUGACCACUAUUCCAGUCCUUUCAUAAGAUAAGCAUUACAGAAGCUAGUUUUGGUCUAUUAAGUCUUGUAAACUAGAAGAAUUUACGGAUUAAUUCUAAUGACUUCGUUCCUCUUUUGAUCAUCAUUGCACAUACUCUUAAUAAAAUGUCCAACAAAGCACCUUGUAAUUACUGAAUCGGAAGAAGAAAUCGGAAAAUUUCAAAAACAACCUUUGCAAUCAUAACUUCUUUCUUAUAAAUCAAUUUCUUCAUCCAUCAGGCGAAAAUUGUAAUUUUAUUUUUUUAAUACAUAGAUAAUUCAACAACAUUUGUCACAUACACACAGACAUUUUUUAUACCGACUCGAUUUUGUAAGACGGUUUGAUAGUUUACCACUCAUCGCCCUAUAAUUUCGGAAUCAGAAUUUGGAUGUGGGUGAAAUUGCUCAGUUUCGCCACAGAUAACCGAUAUACAGGCUCGAACAAAAUUUUUGCAAAAUCCUGUGUGAAUUUCAAAUUUGCUAUACGUUGGAAACAUUACUGCCACCCACUCGACUGUUCGCCGCGAUCUUUCAAAACGUUUCACUACGUUCCGGAACGAUAACAAAAUUCUCCUGCCUGUUAUAGAAAUAUUCCAAAUACAACAAUUUUAACACUUAUCACACGAUUUCCCUAAGUGUUUAAGACAACUUUAUUUCCAUGUCGCAUAAAUCACAUGAGAAUUCGACCGGAAUAAAACAAAAAUAAACUUGUCAUUUUAACCAACAGCAAAACAAAAAACUAGCGUGAAGUGAAUGUUGCACCCAAAAUUGUGGCUUAUGUGAAAGCGACACCUAAAUCGUAAUGGCAUCUCGUGUCCAUCGUGGUUUCACUUAUAGCGGUGUUAAAGCGGAACGGGAAGUCGGAUCCAGAUCGACUUUUCGGGGACUUUUGAAAGAAUGUUCAUUUCAAAUUUAAGUUUGUGAAAAUCUGUUCAGCCAUCUCUGAGGAAAUUGAGUGACAUUAUUUGUCACAAACAUACAUGCACACACAGAAAUUUUGUGAUCUCGACGAAAUGAGUCAAAUGACACUCGGCCUUUUGUUCAAACGUUGAUUUACACAGUGAUUGCAUAUUAUUUCUAUAUGAGAAAGGCGAAAACAUUUAAUCCGAAAUGUUUGCAUCUUCGAAGCUUUUCAUAGUUUUGACAAGUCGCUUGUUCAUUUGGAACAAAGCUGUCAUUCCAAAAGCACAGUUCAUCAAAAUCUACAUUACCGAAAGCUCAAUAAUUGAUUCAAUUGCCAAACUGAUUAAAGAAAUUAAAGCUGUUGAAAAUUCGGUGAAAAUGUACCGAAUUCAUCAAUUUUUUUUAAAUGUGUAGUAAAAAAUUAAACAGUAAAAAUAUUAUCGUUUUUUAACAAUACUGCCACGGAAUUUGAUUGAAAAUAAUUGUACGUUUCAUUUAUUUACCAACUGGUUGUAUCUAAUUUACUAAUUUACCAAUCAUUUGGAACAAAGCUGUCAUUCCAAAAGCACAGUUCAUCAAAAUCUACAUUACCGAAAGCUCAAUAAUUGAUUCAAUUGCCAAACUGAUUAAAGAAAUUAAAGCUGUUGAAAAUUCGGUGAAAAUGUACCGAAUUCAUCAAUUUUUUUUAAAUGUGUAGUAAAAAAUUAAACAGUAAAAAUAUUAUCGUUUUUUAACAAUACUGCCACGGAAUUUGAUUGAAAAUAAUUGUACGUUUCAUUUAUUUACCAACUGGUUGUAUCUAAUUUACUAAUUUACCAAUGUAUUUUUACCAACUGGUUGUAUCUAAACUGGUACUCUUAAAAUUGUUAAAAUAUACUCAAUGUUGAGGAUGCAGAUAAAUAUUGACGUGAUUUGAACUCUUCCGCCGCUAUUAGAAUCCACGCUGCAGCCCAAGCAGGUGACGUUAGCACCACGGCAUGCCUUCAGCCAAUUUUAUGCCUUGCAGGAAGCGUAACCAAACUACCGAAGAUUGCUCCAAAUGGUGAGGUCGAGAUGACUUAAGAGGAUCCACUUUGCCCGAUACCGGCGCGGGGUAUCUCGUUGAUAGAUGGUACCGCAGGAGCAACGGUGAAACGGACAGAGAGAGCCGUGUCCGGUUUCUAUAUAUGAAAAUUGGUAUUUCCACAAGCACUCCCGUGGCACUUGCUUCGUUUUCAUGCGCGAUUGCUCCCAGAGAGAUCCCGUGAUCGCUCACUUCUGGUGGCUGACGAGGGCCUUGCCUCAGUUCAAAGCGAUAACUUCCACUCUUCCCGACGUGCACAGUCCGAUCGCCGCUCGUUCCAAAAAAAAAAACCAGAAGCAAGAUACUCUCGCUGUCAAGUUAGUCUCCUCUCAGAGUCAACCAGUGCGUCUAAUUUUCCAAACUUACGUUCGUCUGCACUCAAUUAAAUCUGCUUACAUAUCAAUAUUUGGCAUUUGCCUUAAAACACCCGCAUCAAUAUAUGUAAAAAAAAUGUUUUCCAAUGCGUCAUGGACUGACACAUUUGCCUCAUAUAACGAAACGAUGCGGUUUCACCUAAGAAAUGCAACAAGCAUAGAGAAAAUUGUUUCAACGAUGGUGCCCGUGUUUUUCGGGAUAAUUGGACUAGCUGGACUCAUCGGAAAUGGAUUAGUUGUGCUAGAUUACGUACUUCCAGAGUGGCCUUUUGGUUUGACGUGGUGCAAAUUUGUCCAAUAUAUGAUAGUGGCAACCGCUCAUGCUAGUGCUUAUACAUUAGUGCUAAUGUCAUUGGAUCGUUUCCUAGCGGUUGUUCAUCCAAUUACGAGUAUGUCAGUUCGAACGGAGAAAAAUGCAGUGAUAGCAAUAGCGAUCGCAUGGCUCAUUAUAAUAACUACAGCAAUUCCAGUUGCCGUUUCCCAUGGAGUUCUACACUAUCCCAGUAAAGGAAUUGAUUACACUGCCUGCCUAUUUCUACAUACUGAGGGAUAUAAUUUAGUGGCAUUCCAUGUAUCAUUCUUCUUAUCAUCGUAUGUGAUUCCACUGAGUUUGAUAUCAAUGUUAUACGUCGGGAUGCUGAUACGAUUAUGGAAAGGUGCACCAGGAGGUCGAGUUUCUGCAGAAUCGAGACGAGGCAAAAAACGAGUAACUAGGAUGGUAGUUAUUGUAGUGCUAGCUUUUGCUGCUUGUUGGUUUCCAAUACAGGUUAUUCUAGUGUUGAAAUCGUUUGAGAUGUACGAAGUCACACAUGUCACCAUCAUCAUUCAAAUUGCAGCUCACGUAUUAGCGUAUACUAACUCAUGCAUCAACCCAGUGCUGUAUGCCUUCCUUUCGGACAACUUCCGGAAAGCAUUCCGUAAGGUUGUUUGGUGCGGAAAACCUCCCUCGUUGUUGACUCUAGGCGGCCCUCAGACAAAAACUACUCGGACCGGCAAUGGCACCUCUAACCCGGAUGGUUUAUGAGUAGAGGUAAAUGAUAGUAAACUUAUGGAAAAGUUUCUUGAAAUAACUAGUUUGUAAGCAACCCAAAUCAAAUCGUUGUAAACAUAGACAAGAUAUCUCAUACGAAAAUCUGAAUAAUUUUUGGCAACUGCAAAAUAUGCGAUAAAGCCUUGCUUGAAAAUGAUAAA